AUGGUUGGAAGUUCAGUCAGUGAUGAUUGGGAAUUUAUUGGAAAUGGAGCUCGGACACUACUUCUGAUUGGGCGUACAGGUGACGGGAGAAGUGCCACGGGCAAUAGCAUUCUUGGAAGAAAGGCAUUCAGAUCAAUGCCUAGCUUUAGUGGUGUUACAAGAACUUGUGAAAUCCAGAGGACUGAAUUAGAAGAUGGACAGAUUCUUGAUGUGAUUGAUACCCCUGGAUUUGACUUAACAGCUAAGUCUGAAUCAGUUGGAAAUGAAAUAAUCAAAGGCAUUGAUUUGGCCGAUGAUGGCAUCCAUGCUGUUCUUUUGGUUUUGUCUGUACGAACUCGCUUUUCAAAAGAAGAACAAGCUGCUAUCCAGUACUUUAGGGAGUUGUUCGGGGACAAAAUUAGUGAUUAUAUGAUUGUCGUCUUCACUGGAGGGGAUGAGCUUGAAGACAAUGAGACGCUGAAUGAUCACUUAGAUAGUUCCUGCCCUGAGCCUUUAAAGGAAGUUCUUAAGCUCUGUGAAAACAGACAUGUGCUAUUCGACAAUGAGACUAAAAAUCCAAUGAAGAAAGCUGACCAAUUGAGGGAACUUCUUUUCCAUGUGAAUAUCGUUGUACAAAAGACUGGUGGAAAACCAUAUACGAAUAACUUGUUCAAGGAAGUAAAGAAGAUGGAACUUCAUAAUGACAAGUUGGAGGCUAACUCUUCGCCGGGAAAUAUAAAGCAAGAGGUAACUGAGUUGAAGGAACAACUGCAGAGGUGGUCUUGCGAGGAGCAACAUAGGCAACUAUCUGAAAUGGUCGAAACUAAGUUGAAGGAGAUCAUGCAUAGUCUUGAAAAGCAUUUGGGGGUGGAAAAAAAUGUGGAGAGCAACAAUCAAUUAUUUAGAGAUAUCUUGGAGAAGAAAGCUCAAAGGGAGAGUAAGGCGCUGAUCAGCCUCAAAGGGGGACGUCGUUCAUACAGCUGCUGCAAAUGUCGAAGUCAUCUCUCAUUUGAUGAUGAUAUUGUUGAAUUUUAACAAAAUAUUUGUCCCACAUCGGUGGGAAAACAAAAGUUGGGGGGAUUUU